UGUUGGUGAUCUUCGUGAAGGAAUCAUGAUUUUAAUAAUUCUUGGUGGUGCUUUAGUGUUUGGCUUGACUUUCUGUGUCUUCUGGACAUGGAAUUUCGGGUACUGGCAGAGAAAGGGAGUUCCAGGUCCUAAACCAUCUCUGAUUUAUGGGAAUGCGAAAAGUUUAGUAGCUGAAAAAGUGUCUGCUGCUUAUGAAUUUGAUAAGUUUUACAGGGAAUUCUAUGGAAAGACUCCCUUUAUUGGGGUCUAUUUAUUGAGAUCACCUCACAUUUUGGCUAUUGAUCCUGACUUUGUGAAGUUUGUUCUUGUGGAAAAUUUCAAACAAUUCAACGACAAUUUAAUAUCCGAUAUGACCACUACCAAGUCUGAGCCAUAUAUCGGACACAGUCCUUUUAUGCUGAAGAAUAAGGAGUGGAAAGAGAUAAGAACCCAAUGGGGACCGGCUUUUACUAGUGGCAAAAUGAAGGCAAUGUUCCCAAUCAUCGAGAAUACGUGCUUGAAGAUGUCUAAUUUCCUCAAGCAUGAAGUCGCCAAUCAGUCCAAGGAUGGGGUUCAUUUUCGUGAUGUUACAGCGAGAUUCACCACAGAAGUUGUGACUGAUACAAUUUUUGGAGUUGAAGCAGGAACUUUUGCUCAAGAAAAAGCUCUAUUGUGCGAUUUGGGCGCCAAACUUCUCGAUUGCUUUGAGAAUGUUGUGAAUUUCUUCAUAAUAACAUCAAUUUUUCCAUUCCUGAAGCGCUUCCGGUGCUUCUGGAUUGUCAGCAAGACUGUGGGUAGGGGUUUUGAGGAGCUAAUGAAGAAAGGAAUGCAAUUUCGAAGUCAAAGCAAUAGUCAGAGAAGUGAUUUCUUAUCGUUUAUCAUGGAUCUCGGAAGUCGCCAAAAUCUCUCACUAACUGAGAUGACUUCACAUGCCCUCACAGUUUAUCUGGAUGGUUAUGAAACAACAAGCAUAACAAUUCCUCUGGUUCUCUAUCAAUUGGCCAAAAAUCAGCAAGCUCAAGAAAAACUCCGAAAUGAAAUUCGUGAAUAUGAGUUGAAUGGAGGAAUCAAUUAUGAAGCUAUCCAGGAGAUGGAAUAUUUGGAUCAAGUGGUUAAUGAAACUAUGAGGGUACAUCCCCCAAUCAUAAUUAUCAAUAAGCUCUGUACUGAGAGUGUGAAGUAUCCAGUGAAUGGGAGGCAAGUGGAAAUACCUCGGGGGAUGACUGUACAUAUUCCCAUUUUCUCAAUUCAUCGCAAUGAGAAUAACUUUCCGAAUCCUGAAGAAUUUAUACCAGAGAGAUUCGAUAAGGAACGUGGGGGAUCGAAGGUGUUCAAGGAAAAGUGUUCGUUUCUUCCAUUUGGAAAUGGACCAAGGAUCUGUUUAGGAAUGCGAUUUGCUCUGCUCCAAGUGAAAACGGCCGUUGUGGAGGUAAUUAGGCAGUACAAUGUGACGGUGAAUGAAAAGACCAAGGAGCCACUGAAGUUGGAUGUUGGACAAUUUUUCAGCUAUCCUAGGCAUGGGAUUUAUCUGAAUUUGAAGCCAGUGUAAGUUUUUCAUUUUUUUCCGUGUAAGAAGUUGAAUAAAAUCUUUCGUUACCAAACCAACUGAAGAAA